AUGCAGUUGAUAUGCAAGGCAAUUAAAGCCUCCAUUGAUCUCACUGGUGGAACUGGUGGCGCCAGCUCCGCGGACAACAACUCUGGCACCCUUGAUUGCUUGAUUCUCAUCCUGGGAACCCAAGUCCAUGCAAAUAGUCCUACAGUAAAGUGGUCAACAGGUCACACAACUGUUGUUCCAUACGUCCCAGAUGAAGAUGGUCACAACACCAUCUGGGACAACAAAUACUUCGUUUGGCACCUGAUGAUUUGGGUGCCCUCAACCUCAAGCUCCUGGGUUGUAGCUGCACUUGAAGGCAAGGAGUGCAGCUCCCCCUUUGAGCUCAGGAAUUCCUUGGCUCAUAGCUUGGUGGUGCAUAUUUCCAACACCCGAAAUGUGUCCAACUUUUCCAUGACCCUGGAGGCAUUGAAUGCACAAUGUGGAAAAAAGGCCAACAACUGGAACAGCCCUCAUGUCACGGGAACCAUCUGGGACCUCUUUGAUGGGUUGAAUGAUCCAUCCUUGAUACACUCCAACAUGCUGGAUGGUUUCCUCCAUAUAACCUGGCAUUGGAUGACCUCACAACUGCGCAAAACAUCACCAAUGAAUCAUAUCCUUGCAUUGCAAUAUACCCACAAAGGGAUGCAGAUUGCAUGGGAACUUGGGUGGGUAACAACAGGUGUUGGCAGCCUCAAGCUGUGGUUUGUUUUCUGCCUCAAGGAGCUAAUUCAUAGCCACAAAGAAGCUUGUGCCAAGCUUGCUGAACUACUUGAGAUGAAGAACUGGUCGGCUUGUAAAGGGCUCAGACUGUGUUUGCCACCUGGUCAUUUUGACAUACCGUUGCCAUGGGAAGAGAUCACAGAUGUAGAGGUGGUUGCUCUGUGCCCAGAAGCUAUCACCCAUAUGACCCUUGCCAUACCUCAAGUCUUUGAAUCUAACCACUGGUUGUACAAGCAACCACUGGCUGCCCUUCUAUCCCAACUCUUAAACCCAGAACAUCACAUUGCAGAAGCAGAUUUACAUGAAUACUGUGCUAAAGCAUACAUAAAGGCAAAGAAGAUUGGCCCCUACCUCAUUUGGAAUAUCCUUGGAUUCUGUUCUCAUGCAGCAGCUUGGACAUAUCUUCAAGAGCAGAUGGGUGGCUUGGAUAUGGUGGAGCUAUUGGGCAAUUCUCAGGAUUAUAGCUGUUAG